GGGGGAGGAGGCGGGAGAGGUUUGCGAGAGGGAGCGAGGCCGCACGAGCCGCCGGCGGUUCGUAUUACCGGGGUCGGGAGGAGGAGCCCAGCCGGGCCCGCGGACCAGCGCCGGGCGGGCGGGAGGCGCGGAGGAGGCGGGCGGAAAGCCCGGGGCUGCGAAUUGGGGCGGGGGCGCCCUCCCACCUCUGCCGCCCUCCGUUCGGGCCUUGGCGGCCUGGCCUCACCUGCCCGGAGGCCUGGGAGCCACCAGUCGCCGCCGAGGGCCAGUCCCCGGGGCCGGCGGAGCGUGGAGGUGCGGACGCGAGGCGCGGGCCUCCGCGCGGAGGCCUGGACUGCGCGGCCAGGUGAUGGUGGGCCCCUGUGCUUCUCCAGAGGAAAGGGGACCCCCAGAGCAGCUGUGCCCCCAGGCUGCCCCAGCAAGCCGUUUGGACGUCAGCCGUAGGGAAGUCGGGCAGCUGUGAGUUUGCCUGUCUCCGUUAAGUGUCCUUAGGAUGCAGUGAUUUAAGGAAUCAGGCUCUCCCUGCGGGAGGGGCCCUGCCUGCGCUGGUGAACUCGGUGCAGAGAAAAAGGACAGAAUGAUGCUUUCCGAGCAAGCCCAAAAGUGGUUUCCGACCCACGUGCAGGUCACAGUGCUCCAAGCCAAAGAUCUUAAGCCAAAAGGCAAAAGUGGCACCAAUGACACAUACACUAUAAUUCAGCUGGGCAAGGAAAAGUACUCCACGUCUGUAGCUGAGAAAACCCUUGAGCCAGUCUGGAAGGAAGAGGCCUCUUUUGAGCUGCCUGGUUUGCUAAUGCAGGGGAAUCCAGAGAAAUACAUCCUUUUCCUCAUAGUUAUGCACAGGUCCCUGGUGGGUCUGGAUAAGUUUUUAGGGCAGGUGGCCAUCAAUCUCAAUGACAUCUUUGAGGACAAACAAAGAAGGAAAACAGAGUGGUUUAGUUUAGAAUCCAAACAAGGAAAAAGAGCCAAAAACAGGGGUGAGAUAAAGGUCAAUAUUCAAUUUAUGAGGAACAAUAUGACAGCAAGUAUGUUUGACUUAUCAAUGAAGGACAAAACAAGAUCUCCUUUUGCAAAAUUAAAAGAUAAGAUGAAAGGUAGAAAAAAUGAUGGGACAUUUUCUGAUACAUCUUCUGCAAUCAUUCCAAGUUCUCACAUGCCUGAUGCCAAUACUGAAUUUUCAAGUAGUGAAAUACAGAUGAAAUCUAAACCAAAAAAGCCUUUCCUUUUGGGUCCUCAGCGACUCUCUUCAGCGCAUUCAAUGUCUGAUUUAACUGGGGCCCACGUAUCCUCGGAGAAGCUGAAGGCUGGCACUGUUGCUCAAACGCAUCUUCUCGGACACCAGAUAGGUUCCUUUGGAGCAGUUCCGGAAAGUGGAAGUCUCAGAUCUCCACACAGAAGAACAUUAAGCUUUGAUACUUCUAAAAUGAACCAACCUGACAGCAGUGUGGGUGAAGGUGAAUCGUCUUUCGGAAGACAAAAUGACCCAUUUACAAAUGUGACUGCUUCAUUACCCCAAAAAUUUGCAACACUGCCAAGGAAGAAAAAUCCAUUUGAAGAAAGCAACGAAUCGUGGGACAGCAGCAUGAAUUUAUUUUCAAAAUCAACUGAAGUAAGAAAAGAAAAUAAAAGAGAAAAAAGGGAGAAAGUUAGCCUGUUUGAAAGAGUGACUGGAAAAAAAGACAGCAGAAGAUCUGAUAGACUUAACAAUGGGGGAUCUGAUAGCCCUUGUGACUUGAAAUCACCUAAUGCAUUUAGUGAAAAUCGUCAGGACUAUUUUGAUUAUGAGUCAACUAAUCCGUUUACAACAAAAUUCAGGGCUUCAAAUAUAAUGCCAUCUUCAAGUUUUCAUAUGAAUCCGACAAGUAAUGAAGACCUCAGGAAAAUCCCGGACAGCAACCCUUUUGAUGCCACUGCAGGCUACCGUAGUCUCACCUACGAGGAGGUACUGCAGGAGCUGGUAAAACACAAAGAGCUCCUUAGGAGGAAAGACUCCCACAUCCGGGAGCUGGAGGACUACAUCGACAACCUCCUUGUAAGGGUGAUGGAGGAGACGCCCAGUAUUCUCAGAGUGCCGUACGAACCAUCCAGGAAAGCUGGCAAGUUCUCCACUAGUUCAUAAGCCAAUGGUACUGCAUUUAUAAUUGGGGAAAAAAGAAAGGAAGAAAGAGAGAGAAAAAAUAGAAGAAAAGCUCGUUACUGAGAGAGACCACACUAUCAGGUUUCAUUCCAUACUCUCCUUCAUUGUGAAGAACUGUUUCACCUGUAAAUAUUAGCAGGGACUAUCAAGAGUGACCUUUGAAGUGAGCUAAAUAAUUUAAACCUUUAAAGUGAAGAUGGGCCAGAUUCUCGUGAACAAGCAGUUCCUUAGGAUUCACUUAGGUGCUGGUGCCGGCCCGCUAAUCUGCCAUAGCCUAGGAGUAUCUUCAGAAGGACAUGACUUAUUCCUCAGGAACAGGUUUCUCAUCAAGCAGAACUGAUACUGUGGUUGGUUUCUCAGAAGUCAAUUUGUACAGAUUUAGCUGCAGGAAUACUGCUCAUUAUAAACACUACUAAAAAAAAGUUCAUAUUUUAUAUACAUAUAUGUACAUGAAUAAUCUGUUCAUGUAUCUUUGUAUAUAAAAUACAUGCAUAUACCUCAUAUAUACAUGUGUUUUUAGAACAUUUAAAGACAACUGGUUGCCUCUAAAAUUAGGAUACCAAUUAGGAUUUCUUAAUUUGAAAAUAUGUGUGCUCUGUCAAUGCAAAACAAAUCGUCAUUGCUACUAUAAUGGUUUGUUACACAGAAGCUGCUUCAAAUCACUCUUGACUACGUGAACCUUGGUUUCAAAAUAAGCUGCUACUAUAUAUUAUUCCAGCAUCAAAUCUUUUCUCUUUUUCCAAAAGUAAUGAUCUAAAGCCCCUUUUUAAAGAACGAUGUAUUUUAGGAAACUUCAUUAACCUUGCAACAGCAUGAAUUUCUUGAAUUAAUUUUUUAUCUUAAUAUUUGAGUUUUGUUUGAGCUAUAAGCAGAAGAUAAGCAAGUGUGAUUUGUUGAGAUUCUGAAUGUCUUUAAAAUAUUCAGUACUAGCAAAGAAAAUAUUUGGAAUUUAUAUCUGAAGAUAAUUUGGAGCGGGUGGGGGGAAGUAGGUGAUCAUUCUGAUGCCUGAUAACCCAAAGCAAUGAACAAAUUCUAGGAAUGAAAAAUUAGGCUCGGUUUCAAGUUACAAAAAUAAUGGAACAGAUGGUUGCAUUUGGUUUCUGAACCAAAAUAAGAGUUACUAAAGGAGGGGUGAGUUUUUAGAAUAGAUCUUCACUAGCACGACAUUUUACACUAUUCUACAGCCACCCUGUAAGAAUAAAUCAGUAUUACAAAAUUGUGUCAGCUUUGUUUUUAAGUCUGCUCCCCAAAAAUGUUGACUACUAUCAUGAAUUUUCUUUAUAUAUUUGUACAGAAUUAGUCUUUAAAGUGAAACUGAUAUAAAAAUAUUACUAAUCAUCUGCUGAUUUUUUAACUUUAAAAGUCUGAAAUACAUACUAUGAAAUACUGAAUCUGUGUUUUCUAAAGGAAAUUUAAGAUGAAAAAUUCACCUGUAUAUGGAGACAUAUAUUCCCCAAUCUUUUACCAAAUGCAUUUCUGUCUAAUAUUUAUCUCUACUAAGACUUCACUGAGAGUUAAAUACAAAGGCAUAUAAUAGUUUUGCUCAGUAUAAUAUUUUGAAUCAGAUAAUACUUGGCCAAGCUUAUAUUCACAAGCUAAAAUCCCUUAUUUGUAUUUUUCUGAGUUUCUUCAGUUUUUCUAUGAGAGCAUAAAUUUUGAAAUUCUGAAAAUUUUUCUGAAAUACAAAUAAUUUUUAAUAGGAGACAAGGAGAAAUAGCUUUCACUGACUUUUUCCUCCACUUCUAAAUUUCUGUAAUAAACCUCACAAUGUGGUAUAGAAUUUUAUUUUGAGGUCUUGGUAGUUCUUUUUAACAUGGUGCCAUUUUUAGUUAACAUUUAUUAAAUGUUGCACAAUUCUUAGUAUUUGUUUUUUCUGUUGUUGGUAUAACUGAGGCUCUUCUUACACUUUUAAAAGUACUAAAAUCCAUGUGUUUGCAGUAUCAUGACAUUAUCUGCAGAUAUUUUAAUAUGCUUUGGCCAAAUUUACUCUUUAUAGAAUGAACCACGAUGCCAGUGUUGUACUGGGGAUAUGUUUUAUGUAAAUAGAGCUCAUGAAAAAGUAUGGUUAAGGGACUGCCAUUCUUUUUAUGAGGAAAUUCAUUUUUAAGGAGGAUUCUUUGCCUGUAUAAAAACUGUUAAGGAUUAGACUUGUCCAUACGUUAAUGAUUUGGUUAUAACUGCAUCAAUAUUUUUAUCUUUAAUUCUGAGACAAGAAUUGUAUUGAAAACUGAAUCUGCAUUUAUCACUGCCCGAAAUGUUCUGUUCCGACGUUUAUGAACUUUCUUUCACUCGUGACCUGGAAUCAAACUGACUAUAUAUAUAUAUAUAUUCAUAAUCAAUCAGUCAAUAUAAGGAACUAAAAACAAAAAGUAAAAAUGAGUUCCUAUGUGAACAUAACAGUGUUUCCUGUGUUUGUGGGCAGAAGUGCAAAUAGAGUAGUUUUAAUUUUUAGCGUUGUAGAAAAAAAGGCCAAAAGAUCACAUUAGUUUAUUUUUGCAAACUAUAACUUUUAAGUAUUCUAAUGGUAUAUUUUGUUAGUAACUUAGACAAGGAAAUAAAACAUAUGUACUCAUUAAAUAACGCGCAGCACAGUAGACUUAUAGACAGAGUUUACUUUUGCUUUUAUGCUUAAAAAAGGCAUGUUCAAAAAUAUUUCCACCAAUAAGAGGAUUUUUUUAAAUUGCAGAGUUUAUAAUAGUCUCAAACCUGUCUUAAGCUUAACAUACUUCUGUUACAUAAUUAAAAAUAUUUCUGCUAAUAUUUUUUAAACAGUAUAGUUUUACAACCAGCUCCCCUCCCAGUUCUAAAAUUCAGCUUCAAAGUAUUGAACAUAACUGUCCUACCACUUAGGCUUCAAGUUCAUUUAUUAAAUACCAGGGAAUAAAUCUUAGAAUUGUAUAUAAAAUGUGUCACCCAUUCAUGAAAAAUAUUUAAGUAUUGCUUUUUGCUGCUGUAUUCUGCAUUGAGCCUAGUUUUGCCAUCCUCCCAUGAAUGUAGUAGUAUCCAUAGAUUAUACAUAACUACAUCUAUUGCUUUUAGCAGUAAGUGAAGAUUUCGUUGUAAUUUUCCAGCUGUGAAAAUGUUGCCUGUAUUUAAAAGGGUUUCAUGAAUGGAAACCUAAGUAAAACUCAGCUCGCUAGUGACAGACUUGCUUUCCUCACAUCCUUCACUGACUCCUCCGCCCUCACACCCCACUGCCUACCACCCCCAUAAGGGUGCUUAUUCUUUAGCAAGGAGAAUCUCAAAAAAAAAAAAAAAAAUUGCUGUCUUUAAUAUAUCUAGAAAUUGUUACGCUAGAACUUCUUUUCCUCUUAGGUUUUUAGAAAAAGCAGCCUACCUUGGAUUUGUAAAACAAGGUGAAACUUUCUGAUGUCUGUGUGCUCAUAUGUCUUAUAGAUAUGGUUGGUGUCACGUGUGUGUGUAAAUGAAAUAUGAAGCAUGCUCAUUCCCUCGAUCUCUUUGAAGUAAAAGGGAAAGGAUCGCAGUGCUGCUGGUUCAUGAUUAUACAUGGAAGGGUCUGUCAGCACACACUGAAAGCCCCCGUUUUCACAGAUUUAUAAGUUUAAUAAUCCAGAUGCAAUCAUUGGAGGUAUUUAAUAUGUAAUAGGUAGCAUCUUAACUAAUUAAUCUGCAUAAGAAGGGUUUUCUGGUGUACUUAAUAAGAAGUGUAGAAGCUCUUCAAGCAUUAAACUGGAGUUGACAUUUUAUUUCAUUUAUUUUCCAUGUCAAAAAAUACACUCUUACAGUGGAAUUGAAGUCUGUAACAAAUGGUACAUUUGGACCUGUCAAUCUUCGAUCUUAGGGGUGGUUUGAUUUUGAGGUACAAAAAAAAAAAUGCUGCAGAUCUAGAAAUGUAUAUAUUUAGCAGGUAUUUGAAAGAUACAAGCAUUAUUUAUAACUGAAGAGUAUUACACUUAGUAAAAUGCUCUAGUAACUUGUAUACAUUUUUGCAGGUACAAACUCCAACGUAUGUAAGCAUUAUGUAACAUGACAGUUGUAUAAUUUAUGUAAUCUGAUGCAUGAAUCAGAAUUUUUAUAUAUGAUUAUUGGUUUAUUAUAGUUGAUUAAAAUGUUUAAUCUUAA